UUGACUACGUACCAGAUCAUUGUAUUGGUGGAGGGUAUAGGCAUUUUGAUGAUGUACUUGGACUGGACCUUUAUCUUUCUCUAUCUACAUCCUUUGUCAGGCAAUUCUUUCUAAGUCUCAAACAAUAAUGUCUAGUCUCUGCCAAUUUCCAUGUAACGACCAGCAGUGUCAAUUCUACUCAUCCCUUCCUCCUUAUUUCCUCCAAAAAAAAAACCCUGAUCUUCAUAAAAAAAGAGCAUUACAAAAAAGAAAAAGGGUCUAAUUCCUAGGUGGGCUAGCUAGCUAGAAAAACUUCCAAGUUUCAAGAUUCUCACCACUUAGUUCAAUUCACACAGAAAACCCCAAACUACAGUACUUAAAAGCACCAGGAACUACUCCACCUGUAGCCACUCCAACAAUAUGCCAACACAAAUCUAAUCACACACAGAGAAAGGUUGAAAUCUAUGUUUGAUGUGUGGGUCUAAUUUUGAGUAGUAUUAGAAUAUGGAUACUUUGUUCAGACUAGUCAGUCUCCAAUCUGAUCACUCCUUCAACUCCAGCAGAACUUCCAGCAGCUCCAGAUCAUCCAGACAAAACCCUAAUUCUUACCACCAAUUAGAAGACGAAGAAUGCUUCAAUUUUUACAAUAUGGAUCAUGAAGAAGGCUUCUCCUCUUCUUCCUCGUCCAAGCACUACAAUCCUAGUUACCAUCAUCACCAGCAGCAGGUACUCUCAAACACCCCUACCCCCACCGGCAGCGCCUCUACGACUCACCACCAUGGAUAUGAUCAAUCUGCCGAGCAAUUUUCCAUAUCUCCGAUGGACGUGGAAUUCGCCGCCGCGCUUUCUGGCCAAAAGAGCCAGUGGGCUUCUGACAUUCUUCUCGAAACUGCUAAAGCUAUAGCUGAUAGAAACAGUGCUCGCGUCCAACAGCUCAUUUGGAUGCUGAAUGAGAUGAGCUCGCCUUAUGGUGAUGUCGAUCAAAAGCUUGCUUCUUAUUUCCUCCAGGCGCUUUUCAGCCGUAUGACGGAUUCCGGUGAAAGAACUUACCGGACGAUGAUGUCUGCAUCAGAACAGACUUGUUCUUUCGAGUCUACGAGGAAAAUGGUGCUCAAAUUUCAAGAAGUUAGCCCCUGGACUAUGUUCGGGCACGUUGCUUGUAAUGGUGCAAUCAUGGAGGCUUUUGAAGGUGAAAGCAAGCUCCAUAUAAUUGAGAUCAGCAACACAUACUGCACGCAGUGGCCUACUUUGCUUGAAGCCAUCGCCACGCGGGCAGACGAGACCCCGCAUCUGAGGCUCACCACCGUUGUGGCUGGUGGCGCUUCCGGAGGUGCGACGGUGGUGCAAAAGGUCAUGAAAGAGAUAGGCAACAGGAUGGAGAAAUUUGCUCGGCUCAUGGGCGUCCCGUUUAAGUUCAACGUUGUACACCAUGCGGGUGAUUUGUCGCAGUUGAAUUUAGCAGAAUUGGAGAUCAACGAAGACGAAGCGCUCGCUAUUAAUUGUGUGGGCGCCUUUCAUUCUGUAACGGCGGCGGGUAAUCGUCGGGAUUUCUUAAUGUCCGCUUUUAGGAGUCUGCGGCCCAGGAUUCUCACCGUGGUUGAGGAAGAAGCUGAUCUUGACGUCGGAAUUGAUGGGUUCGAAUUCGUCAGGGGUUUUCAAGAAUGUCUGAGAUGGUUUAGGGUUUACUUUGAAGCAUUGGAUGAGAGCUUUCCAAGGACAAGCAAUGAGCGGCUUAUGCUGGAACGAGCAGCGGGUCGCACCAUUGUAGACCUGGUUGCCUGCCCGUCAGCCGAGUCCAUGGAGAGGCGGGAGACGGCCGCGCGGUGGUCAUACCGCCUGCAUGCCGCCGGCUUCAGCCCGGUGCCAUUUAGUGAGGAGGUGUGUGAUGAUGCCCGCUCCUUGUUAAGAAGGUACAAGGAGGGAUGGUCAAUGGCACAGUGCUCAGAUUCCGCCGGAAUAUUCCUUUCUUGGAAGGGUCAGCCGGUGGUGUGGACUAGUGCAUGGAGGCCCUGAUGAUCGGAACUCCGUUAACGACAGCGGCAAGUCACACGUGUGACGUGCGGAUUUUGGCACGUGCAUAAAUAUGGCAUGUUUGGAAUGGGUGAAGUGAUGAUUUUCUUGGAUGAGAAUAGCUAGGAAAAGGUAUCAUUUUUUUUCUUUAUUAUUUUACAUAUAUCCUUUUAUUUAUUUGUACGUUUGAUUUUUGACUUGCAAUUUAAUUAAUUAUUAAUGUCAAUAAUCAAUACGCUUAUUUUAAUUUGAUGGAGUUGGUAUAUAUAUAUAUAUAUAUUAGGUACGUACAUGUGUUGAUAGUUAUAUAUAUCAGCUUUUUUUUUUGUAUUUUGAAAGGAGCCGUCUGUUACACGGGGGAUUGGCAUAGAACCCUAUAUGUUAGUAAGUACAAUAUAUAUGAAUAGAGUUAAAUGUAAUUUUUGUUCCUAGUAAUUAAUAUCUUUAUUUUUUAAUUUUUUAAAAUAGUUUUGGUCUUUUAUUUUUUUUGAUCUAUCUCUGAGUUCAGCUUCCGUCGGGUUUCUUGAAUUGGGUCUGCCCUCUCGGCGUCAGGUGAAAGAGGGUCAAAAUCCUCUCAUGCCGUCUAAUGUAAUGCCGUGAUGAACU